CCCAAAUCUGACCGGCCAAAAUAUGGACGGCGAUGGACUACCGCCGCCGGCCGCGGCCGCGGCUCCGGCCCCAUCGGUGGCGUCGGUGCUCGGCGACGACGACCUCUUCCGCGAGAUCCUCCUCUGCCUCGGCUUCCCCAACCUCCUCGUCCGCGCCGCCCUCGUCUCCAAGCGGUGGCUCCUCCACGCCUCCGAUCCGGUCUUCCUCCGCCGCUUCCGCGAGCGCAACCCGCCCCGCCCGCUCGGCUUCUACGCCGGCUACCCCGGCCGGUAUCAGUUCGUGCCGCUCCCGCAGCCCCGGGAGCUGGUCGCCCUCUCGCGCCGCCCAGCCUCCCCCUGCGACGGCGCCUUCGCCCGCGGAGCCGAGCGACUCAUGCACUGCCGGAACGGCCGCCUCCUCACCGCGUUCCGCAGCCGCUGGCGCCAGCUACGCGGCGGCAGAUUCAAGCACUAUCUCCUGGCGCCACUGCUCGCCGGGGAGUCCCCAACCGUCCUCCCACCGGCACCGCCGCCCACCCAUGAGCGCGCUCAAGCGAGAUUCACCCAGAUGUUCCUACCCGGGGAUGGGGGCCGCGACGGCAUCACCUUGGUGCAUCUCUUGAUGGUCGGCCGAAAAGUCUAUGCGGAAGUGUACGCCCUGGGAUCCAGCGGAUGGGGCGUCCCUGGCACCGCGGUGAUGGAGAUAGAGCACCCGCAUGGCACAACCUUCCUGGAAGAAUUGCUGCCGCCCGUUCAUGGCAAGGUCUUCACGCUGACCACCUCUGGGUACAUCCUGGGUCUUGAUUUGGCCACGUCAACCUUCUUCACCCUCGAGCUCCCAGUUGGAGUGCGGCGCAGUUACCUGCUAUCCUGUGCGGAGGAUUCCGGGCUUUAUCUUGUCAGUGCAGACGGAUUUCAGCUCAGUGUGUGGCUGAAUGGGAUGACCGGUGACGGCCAUGGUGCAGCUGGUUGGUUGCUGGUGGACACAUUUAGUAUCCGUGAGGGAUGCACACGUUUUGCUGAUCAAAAGCAGACUUCGAUGCCACAAGAUGGUGAUUUCCUUCGUGUUGCUGCAGUCGGGGACAAUGCCGAGUUUGUAUUCUUGGAUUAUGCAACAUAUGGUGUUGUCCUUUAUGUUCAUCUGAGGAGCAGGGUGGUUGCGAAGGUGUAUGAGCAGGCACCAUAUGACCAUGGUAAUGUUCAUAUAAGCCGCAUACAUAUCUCUCCCUUUAUGAUGAUGUGGCCACCUGUUUUCCCUGCACUGAACAGAGGACAUGAUAAAGAGCAAUUAUCUCAGCGUGUUUGAUCUUUGUUAUAUCGUCACUGGGUACAACUUCUAUAAUAGCAAGCUAUGUUUCUCUGAUGAGGUACUGAAAUGGAUGACCAAUUUAUACAUUCAGAUGGUUUUGACUG